AUGGCGGAAAAUCCGGCUGCGAUCCAGCUAACCGUGGAGGAGGAAGUCGAGAGGAUCUUCAGGAAGUUCGACAGCAACGGCGACGGCAGGAUCUCGCUCACCGAGCUCGGCGCCAUACUCAACGGCCUCGGCUCCGAGACUCCGCCUGACGAGGUGGCGCGGAUAAUGUCGGAGCUCGACACCGACGGCGACGGAUUCAUCGAUCUGAAGGAAUUCAAGGCCUUCCACUGCGGCGGCGCCGGCGACGGCGUCGAGGCCGACAACAAGCAGUUGAAGGAGGCGUUCGAUCUGUACGACCAGGACAAGAACGGGAAGAUCUCGGCGAAUGAGCUGCACGCGGUGCUGCGUAGCCUGGGGGAGAAGUGCUCGCUCAGGGACUGCCGCCAGAUGAUCAGCAACGUUGACGCCGACGGCGACGGCUGUGUCAACUUCAAGGAGUUCAAAAAGAUGAUGACUAGGAGCUCCACAUGA